UCUAGAAUCUCUCCAAUCCAAAGACCUCUUCUACUUCUACUGAUUUUCCUCUUCGCGAGCACUCGCACUCGCACUCGCACUUCUCUUUAUAUAUUCCUUUUUGGCUUCUAGAGGCCUCUUCGUCGGUCUCUCUCGCUCUCUCUCUCUCUCUCUCUCUCUCUACAGCUCGAGCUCCCUCCCAUGGCGUCGGAUCUGGAGAAGAGGGCGAAGGAGGCCUUCGUGGACGACAACUUCGACCUCGCGGUAGAUCUCUACACGCAGGCUCUCGACGCCGACCCCCAAAACGCCGAUCUCUACGCCGAUCGCGCACAGGCCAACAUCAAGCUCGGCAACUUCACCGAGGCUGUGGCAGAUGCAAAUAGAGCCAUUGAGCUGGAACCUGCAAUGUCCAAGGCUUAUUUACGCAAAGGCACUGCUUGUAUCAAACUUGAAGAGUAUCAAACUGCUAAGGCUGCCCUUGAAGCAGGCUCCUCUUUGGCCCCUGGUGACACAAGAUUCACUCAAUUGAUGAAGGAAUGUGAAAAGCGCAUUGCAGAGGAGGCUGGUAAUGUGCCAGACAAACUAAUGGAGGGUCCAAGUGAAACUUCUUCAGUGGUUACUACGACUGAUAAUGUGAAGGCUUCCGGACCUGCAAUUGAUUCACAAUAUCAGCCAAUGGUGGAAGCCCCAAGCAAACCAAAAUACAGAUAUGAUUACUAUAAUAGUGCUACUGAGGUUGUUGUGACCAUAUUUGCGAAGGGCAUUCCAGCUGAAUACGUGACUGUCGAUUUUGGUGAACAAAUACUAAGUGUCUCAAUUGAUAUCCCUGGUGAGGAAGCCUACCAUUUUCAACCACGGCUAUUUGGAAAGAUUGUACCUGAAAAAUGCAAGUAUCAAGUCUUGCAUACAAAGAUAGAGAUUCGUCUCUCAAAAGCAGAACCUGUUACAUGGACAUCCCUGGAAUACAGUAAAACGAAGUCUGUCCCACAAAGAAUAAAUGCAUCACCAGCCGUAAAAUCCCAGAGGCCUGCUUACCCAUCUUCAAAAGCAAAAGUUGAUUGGGAUCGGCUUGAAGCUCAAGUUAAAAAGGAGGAGAAAGAAGAGAAGCUAGACGGCGAUGCAGCAUUGAACAAGCUCUUCCGCGACAUCUACAGCGAUGCUGAUGAAGACAUGAGACGGGCGAUGCAGAAAUCUUUUGUGGAAUCAAACGGUACGGUGCUGUCGACAAACUGGAAAGAUGUCGGUUCGAAGAAGGUGGAGGGUAGCCCCCCUGAUGGUAUGGAGAUGAAGAAAUGGGAGUACUAAUGCCUUUGCUUAUUGGGCACUUCGACUUGUACAUUUUGAGUUAUGCAUAUCAAGAGAACUUUUUAAUUUGUAGUCUUGUGGGUUAGCAUUCUUGGAUUGUUUGCUUCUGAUUUUGUGUGUAGUUGAAACAAUGGAGAUUAUAGAGUUUCGUUUGCAGAAUUGUAAGGUGUAACGUCGACGAACAACAAAGUGUUUCGUGAACGAACUUCGUUUCUGUAUGCUAUAUGUUUUAUAAGUACGCGGGUGUUUUCGCC